GUGUGUGUGUGUGUGUGUGUGCGUGCGUCAGGUGGUGGAGAAGCUGAUCCGCGGCCUGGAUAUGGAAGACAGCAGGAACAUGUUUGCUCUGUUCGAACACAACGACACCAUAGAGAAAGCCAUCGAGAGCCGCACAGUGGUGGCUGACGUCCUCGCCAAGUUUGAAAAGCGAUCAGAGAUUCCAGACGAAAACAACACUGGCUGGAAGUUUUACUUCAAGCUCUACUGCUUCUUGGACACGGACAAUGUUCCCAGAGACAGCGUGGAGUUCGCCUUCAUGUUUGAACAGGCCCAUGAAGCCGUCAUCCGUGGUCGGUAUCCGGCCCCUGAGGAGACUCUUCAGUUCCUGGCUGCCCUGAGACUUCAGUACCUCCUGAGAGAUCACAGCUCCCAGGCUAACGUUCCAGAAAUGUCCCAGGUGUUCCCCAUGGCGCGAUUACGGGCCCGGGUGCAGAACUCGGCCAAGACAUUUGCCCCAGGCACCGGCUCGGUGGCCGACCGCUCGGGCACAACGGAGAGGAAACGCUCGAGCUUCCUGGAGGGAACACUGAGGCGGAGCUUCAGGAGCGGCUCGGUGAGUCGGCAAAAGCUGGAGGAGGAGAACAGCCUGGAGGCCUGGAUGAGGGAGGAGGCGGCGGCGGUGAGAACCAGUGUGAUGGACAAGUGGAAGAAACUGCAGGGGAUGAACCAGGAGCAAGCCAUGGUGAAAUACAUGACGCUGGUGAAGGAGUGGCAGGGAUACGGGUCCACGCUGUUCAACGUCGAGUGUCGGGACGGAUCGUUCCCCUGCGACCUGUGGUUGGGUGUGAGCCGAGAGGCCAUAUCAGUGUACAAACGGGGGGAGCCGUGGCCUCUGGAGGUUUUCCCAUAUGAACAGAUUCUCUCCUUCGGCGCCCCGCUGCCCAAUGCAUACAAGAUCGCCGUGGAGGGCCGAGAGCUGGUCUUCGAAACCCAAAUGGUCAUGGACAUUGCCAAGCUGAUGAAGGCCUACAUCAGCAUGAUCGUCAAGAAGCGCUACAGCAACUGUCAGUCCGUCAGCAGCCACGGCAGCCACGGCAGCCAGUGCAGCGCCUGGUGAGGUCUGCCCUUUGAAUCCUGACCUUAUGGCUGUGUGCCGGAGCACCGCAGAAGGGCCGAGCGCGGCUGCCGCUGGGCCACGUGUAGAUGCUCGUCCUUAGCGUUGGUGAAAGAGCAGCUUGUACAUUAGACUCUGUGAAUGCUGAAGACAAACCCCAAUGCUCUUAAUGUUAACUCCCUCAAAUGAUCGUUUUGACUGGUCACAUUCCAAAACACCACAUCGCCACACCCGACAGAUCAGAACCUUGAAAGAAGGACGGUUAGAAAUCAUUUCAAAAUGGAAGGAACAACGACCAAAGCCUUUUAGGAGAAUUUCCCUGAUUUGCCAAAAAGCAAGAAACAACUGGAAAACACAGAUUUCUAAUACAGGCAAAAUGCUCACAGCACAAGAAGCAGUCAUCGUGCAGAGCUUAAACUGGAAUCAAACCUGUAGCUAUUAGAAUCACGUGUCAACGUUUGUAGUAAAUCUUUCAGUUUGAAGGAGUCAUUGAUUUCAUGUUGAGAUUUUCUAAAGCUUGCACUCAAAUAGAUUUACUCUGCUUGUGCUCAAGGUGUGUAUCUGCACUCAGAUAUUUUGUUGCCUGGGCAGAUUUCCUGCGCUCCAGCUUCAGCUCUUCCUCAUGCGCUGCUGCCCUCCCCGGCUUUAUUAUAACACAUCGCAAGAAAAGCUAACGCACCCACAACGAGGGCGGGGCAGUUUCUUUCAUCAUCCCGACACCUGGCAUUCUGUCGGUUCUUCUAUUUGACAGACUUAAAAUAAAUCCGAGAGCAGAGAGUCAGAGGAGACACGUAUCGAGCACACAGAAGCAGCAUGAACGUGAAGAUGGAGUGAGUCUGAGUGCAAGCACAUAGAUUGAGCUCAAGCAGCGGCUGUGUGAGGAGGGUUUUAAGGAAAAUUAUGACAAAAUCUGAACGUGAAAUCAAAAAGUCCCGCUCUCCAACUUAAAGACCACACUCUUGAAUAGAAGGAAAACAAAAAUCUGUUGGUCUAAUAUAAAUCAAAUAUAAAUAUACAAGAAAUUCCACUUCUCCAACACCAAAGAAAUCAGUUUAAAUUUAACAGGACGUUGUUUUCUCAUCAGUUCAACAUUUCAAAAUGUGGUCGUGUCUCGUUUGGGAAUAAGCUCCUUUCUACCUGAUGCUAACAUGACUAUGGCACAACAAGGACUGUUGGGGGGUGGGUUGUUAUCGGGGGUUUUGUGUGUGUCUCUGUGUGUUUGUGUGUCUGUGUGUGAGAGAGCUGUGUCGACAGGCUGUUUGAAUGUGAAAAAAACGAAAGCAGAGAGC